CGUACACUUUUUUUUUUUUUUUUGUACGGAAAUUUACAACGUUCCGGAGCUGCUCAGAACAAGAGACAACCUGCGUUGGCCUCUGAUUGGUCCACAGACCUCCAGGCCUCCAAGGCACGAGGAAGCGUCAAGUACAAAAGAGCAGACAAACACGCACUGUGACACGUACACAACACACACACUUGGACAUGACAGCUCAGACCAUGGCUGCAACACUAAUGGGGGAGGACCCCCGGCUGGGCAACACCCCUCUGGCCAUGUUGGCGGCCACUUGCAGCAGGAUAGGGGAGUCGAGCCCCUCCUGCUCCCCGCAUGACCUCUCCGACGGGCCCGCGGGACUCGCCAAGGACUUCCACCCGUGGAAGAGGAGCGUCCCUGGCACUUGUCUCACCUCACUGGGGGCCCCCUCCAGGAAUACUGGAGCGGGUUUCUCGGACACCUCCAGCGCCUUCUCGGUGACCGACGCUAACGAGUUCCCAGCCUACCAAACGUCAGGGGGGCAGCCCGACACAGGGUUUCCCGACCAGCGCUCCGUGUUUCUCACCAAGUUACCCUCCCCCGUGGAAGGCAUCGCCGGGAUAUACCCGCGGCUCCACGCGCAUCCCUACGAGUCGUGGUUCAAGCCCGCGGCGGAGGUCGCGAGUGGGCCUUCUUCGUGGUGGGACGUCGGCACCACUUGGGUGGACGCUCCGAACCCAGCCGGGGUGCCCUCAUCUGUGGGCGGCUACUCCUCCGAGCACAGCCCCGGUGCCGUUCCGCAUCUCCUCCCCGGCACGCAGCACCUGUUCGACGGCUUCCGGGCGCCCUACUCGGAGUCCGCGCCGAGCCCGGUGCGCCCCCUGGCCGCUUCUUCGCGCCCCUCCUCGCGUCGUUACACGGGCAGAGCCACCUGCGACUGCCCCAACUGCCGGGAGGCGGAGAGCCUCGGCCACGGCGCGGCGAGCCCACGGCGCAGAGCCGCGCACAACUGCCACAUUCCGGGAUGCGGUAAAGUGUACGGCAAGACGUCCCACCUGAAGGCUCACCUCCGCUGGCACACCGGGGAGAGACCGUUCGUGUGCAACUGGCUCUUCUGCGGGAAACGCUUCACUCGCUCCGACGAGCUCCAGAGGCACCUGCGCACGCACACCGGGGAGAAGCGCUUCGAGUGCACCGUGUGCCGCAAGAGGUUCAUGCGCUCCGACCACCUGAGCAAACACGCCCGGACGCACGACGCCGAGGGGACCGAGCACGGAGACGAGGAAGCCGGGGCCGGGAACGGCGGGAGCGACACGGACAACAGCGCGGGCGGAAGCCCGAGGCAGUCCCCGGAGAUACACGUGACUGUCCACGCCGACGAGGUGAAAUAAACAGCAAUUUAUUUUUAUUUUUUGCAUCAAAAAAGGAAAGGAAAAAAAAGAAAAGAAAUGGCACUUUAUGAUGAAUGUCAGAAUAAACACGCUUACCUCAUGUUAUUUGUAACCUUCUUAAAAAAAAAAAAAACUUCCAAUUGUUUUUAAUUUGCUUCCUUGGCAUAAAUGAUGUGCUUAAUUAAUUAAACGCUCCUUUUUUGA